UUCACUUCUCAAGAAAAAUCCAAUAAAUUAAAAGAUGAAAUGAGUCUUGAAAUUGACAGAAUCUGCAUUGAAUUUAAGAAAAUUUUGUGAAUUUCUUAAUAAAGUUUUAAUUUAUUUUCCAUUGGAGAGAAUAACCAAGGAGAUAGCUAGUUCGGUGUGGGGAGAUACAGAAAUGUCAGUGGAAGAGAACCUUUUCUUCGAGAAGGGUGGUGAGGCUUCACUGUAACCACACACUUGAAUGUGUUAAGAGAGAGUAGAGAGUAGAGAGAAGAAAUGGGAAGCCUGCAGGAAUCUAGUGAUUCAGGAAGAUCAUGCUGUGAUGCUCAUCGUCUUGAUUUAAAUCACCAGAAACCCGGAUGGAGAAACUUUCUGGCGUUCGUUGGCCCUGGUUUUCUCGUCUCAUUGGCUUAUCUCGACCCAGGAAAUUCCUUUUUCUUUUCUUUAUUUCUUUUUCAUGUCACAGUGGAAACUGAUCUACAGGCAGGAUCCAAUCAUGGAUACGAGCUGCUGUGGGUGGUGCUCAUCGGAUUGAUAUUCGCCCUCGUAAUCCAAUCACUUGCCGCAAAUUUGGGUGUGAUCACAGGGAAACAUCUUUCAGAGCUAUGCAGGGCAGAGUACCCAAAAUAUGUCAAGUAUUGUUUAUGGUUGUUAGCUGAGAUUGCCGUCAUUGCCGCUGAUAUUCCUGAAGUGAUAGGGACAGCCUUUGCAUUGAAUAUACUUUUCAAAGUACCAGUAUGGGCUGGAGUGCUCUUCACAGGUUUGAGCACCCUCUUGCUUCUUGGCCUCCAGAGAUACGGGGUGAGGAAGUUGGAAAUGUUGAUAGCAGGGCUGGUAUUCAUAAUGGCAGGGUGCUUCUUUGCCGAAAUGAGUUAUGUGAAGCCUCCGGCUUCAAGGGUGAUAAAGGGCAUGUUAACCCCCAAACUCAAAGGUUCGACCGCCACCACUGAUGCCAUUGCGCUUUUCGGUGCUCUCGUCAUGCCUCACAACCUCUUUCUCCAUUCUGCCCUUGUACUCUCUAGGAAGGUCCCCAAUUCAGUCCGUGGCGUCAAUGACGCAUGUCGAUAUUUCUUGAUAGAGAGUGGAAUGGCAUUGUUUGUAGCAUUUUGUAUCAAUGUUGCAGUUGUUUCUGUGUCGGGCACUAUUUGCUCUGUGAACAAUCUUUCCAAAGAAAACAUGGAUCAAUGCAGUGAUCUCAAUCUUAAUUCUGCUUCUUUCCUCCUCAAGAAUGUGCUGGGAGGGUCAAGCAAGGUGGUCUAUGCUAUUGCAUUGUUUGCCUCAGGCCAAAGUUCCACCAUCACAGGCACUUAUGCUGGACAAUAUAUCAUGCAGGGUUUCUUGAAUCUUAAGAUGAAGAGAUGGCUAAGGAACCUAAUGACUAGGUGCAUUGCCAUUACACCUAGCCUCAUUGUCUCCAUUAUUAGUGGAUCUGCUGGGGCUGGCCGACUCAUUAUCAUUGCAUCAAUGAUACUGUCAUUUGAACUUCCAUUUGCUCUAAUCCCACUCCUGAAAUUCAGUAGCAGUAGCACCAAGAUGGGCCCUCACAAGAAUUCAAUAUAUGUUAUAGUGUUCUCAUGGAUAUUGGGAUUUGGACUGAUGGGCAUCAACAUUUACUACUUAGCCACAGGCUUUGUGAAUUGGCUACUCCAUAAUGAUCUUCCCAAGGUGGGAAAUGUGUUUAUUGGGAUCAUAGUGUUUCCUCUCAUGGCAGUCUAUGUCCUUGCAGUCCUCUAUCUCACCUUUCGAAAAGACACUGUGGUGACCUUCAUUGAAGCAGAGAAGGAUGAGCACAGUGCCCGAACCCAUGUGGAAAAAAAGCUUGAAGCAGAGAAGUAUGAUCAGAGUGCCCGAACCCAUGUGGAAAAAAAGCUUGACAAUUCCAAUCAAACGUUUGAAUUAAGCCAUCUACACAGAGAGGAUCUUAUCGACAUCCAUCUACCAAAUUAAUCAGUUGAAUUUUCAAGAGAAGACUGCUACUAGGAAGGAAUGGUGAUUGCUUUUGGUUCUUGUACGUCAUUGAAUGUUGUUCUCAUUAGUUAUAAGUUCAGAAGAAAAUGCAGUGGAAUUUAA